GUAAUUUACUUUUGUACUAUUCUCUACAUGUCUCUUUCUCUCUCUCUCUCUCUCAACUUUCUAUGCAAAUAGUUUCUAUAUAUCUGGAAUACUAGGUUGGGCUAAUAACUUGGAUAGAAGUAGAACUUUGAAGUAAAGGGUCUGAUAACCUACUCAGCAAAAAAAGAAAAAGAAAAAAGGAUCUGAUAACCUAAUAUCUGGGAAAAUGACGAGGCGGAAAAUUCAGAUUAAGAAGAUUGACAACACGACGGCAAGGCUGGUGACAUUCUCAAAGAGGAGGAGAGGACUUUUUAAGAAAGCUUUUGAGCUCUCUACUCUCUGCGAUGCUGAAAUUGGUCUCAUGGUCUUUUCUGCAACAGGAAAGCUCUUUGAAUACGCCAGCUCAAGUAUGCAGCAAGUAAUUGAAAGGCAUAAUCUACGUCCAGCGAAUCUUGGCAAAACGAACCAACUAUCUCUUGAGUUACAGCUUGAGAACGGUACCUCCUACACCAUGUUGAGCAAGGAAAUUGAGGAGAAGACACAUGAACUGAGGAAGAUUAGAGGAGAAGAGCUCCCUGGAAUGGAUAUAGAAGAAUUACAGAAACUAGAGAAAGAGCUUGAAAUAGGCCUGAGACGUGUUAUAGUAACAAAGGGUGAAAGAUUUCUGGAAGAGAUCAUUGCCCUUCAGCAAAAGGGAGCCCAACUGAUGGAAGAAAACCAACGACUAAAACAGAUGGAGAAUUUGUUUAGCACUCAAACACAUGUACUUGAACAAGGUCAGUCAUCUGAGUCAAUCACCAACAUUUGCAGCUCAUCUGAUCCUCAAGACAAUGACAGUUCAGACAUAUCUCUCAAGUUGGGGUUGAUGUCACUUUCAACUUGUCAAUGAGCAAUUCUUCUGUUUGUAUAGCAACUUAACUAGCAUCAUUGACUGCAUGCCGCUACUAUAGAGAAACUGUUUGCCUUAGUGCAUCGUUCUAUGUC